GACACAAAUUUUUAAAAAAGAAAAAUAACAAGUUUAAACUUUUACUCCAAGCUUAUAAUGAGGCAGUUACAAACUUGAGAUCUCUCCCUCCACCCUUUCCCUUUCCCUUUCUUUCUCAGUUUCUUAAGAAUUCAUUCAGAUUGAAGCCCCUUCUCACCAAACCAAACCCAUCUCCACCUUCUCUAGAAGAAAAAUUUGGGAAUUUGGUGUGGUGGGUUGGUUUGAAUCUGAGAAAAAUGUCACGGAGAGAUCUAGAAGGUGGCAGAGGAAGCAAGAGAGCAGCAUCAAAUGCUUAUGAUCCAGAAACCCAUUGGACAUCAUGGCUUGUGCCUCUGUUUGUGGCGGUCAAUGUUGUUCUUUUCAUUGCCGCCAUGUAUGUUAACAAUUGUCCUCGUAAGAAUCCUGGCUUUGAUGGUGACUGUGUCGCCAGGUUCCUGGGUAGAUUCUCCUUUCAGCCUCUCCGGGAGAAUCCACUGUUUGGACCUUCUUCUGCGACGUUAACAAAGAUGGGAGCUCUUAAGUGGGACGAUGUUGUGAAUCGUCACCAGGGAUGGAGACUUUUCACAUGUAUUUGGUUACAUGCUGGAAUUAUUCAUUUGGCAGCAAAUAUGUUGAGUCUGGUUUUCAUUGGCAUUCGCCUUGAACAACAAUUUGGGUUUGUGAGGAUAGGAAUCAUUUACCUGUUGUCCGGAUUCGGUGGGAGUGUAUUGUCAUCUCUAUUUAUUAGAAACAACAUCUCCGUUGGUGCUUCUAGUGCUUUGUUUGGACUUCUUGGAGCAAUGCUCUCAGAACUUAUCACAAACUGGAGUAUUUACUCCAAUAAAGCAGCUGCUUUGCUCACACUAGUCCUUAUUAUUGCUGUCAAUCUUGCCAUUGGCAUGUUGCCACAUGUUGAUAAUUUUGCUCAUAUAGGAGGAUUCCUAGCAGGAUUUCUUCUUGGUUUUAUUUUCCUACCCCGUCCUCAAUUCGGGUGGUCAGAGCAGCAACAUCUUCCUACUGGUGUUCGUGUAAAAUCAAAGUACAAGGCUUACCAAUAUGUUCUAUGGAUUGUCUCUGCUGUUCUAUUCAUCGCUGGGUUAUCCAUUGCUUUAGUGAUGCUGUUUCGCGGUGAGAAUGGAUAUGAUCACUGCCAUUGGUGUCACUACCUAACGUGUGUACCUACUUCUAAAUGGAAAUGCGAUGACAGUUAAACAAAGGGCAUGAGCUAUUCCUGUUUCUUCCAUGUAUAGGUAUAGCUAUAGCUUUUACAUAUUGGGUUGUUUACUUUAUACUUUUCUCCUUUGUUAAUUCGUUUAAAAAUCAGUUUUUGUGGUUUGUAUGUGGGUUUAUGUGUAUUCAUGUGCACAUUUAUAUAUAAAGAAAUUUACUUUUGUACAUGAAA